CCUUCAGAUGGAGAUGAAGUAGCAGCAGCGCACCGACAGAGCGACAACAGCGUGUCCGCGGCCGCACAUCCGAAGGGUUUUUUUUGUCUUCAGGUGGGGGAACAGGUGACGCGCCGACCGACCUUCUCUGCCGCCUCGACGUGCAUCGGUGGGAAUCACCGCGGUCCCGACUCCACCACCCCUCCUCCUCCCCCCCCGCCACCCCCUCAGUAGAUACCCCUCAACUGCAUGCAUUUCGAGCCGAUCAUUUUAAGCUCAGUCCGCCAAGAUGGAAAAUGCGCACACUAAAUCGGCGGGCGAAGUUUUAGACAACUUCGGCGUAAACGAAAACACCGGGCUGACCGUGGAGCAAGUCAAAGUCAACGUUGAGAGAUACGGACCGAAUGAGCUCCCGGCUGAAGAAGGCAAGUCCCUAUGGGAGCUGGUGGCGGAGCAGUUUGAAGACCUCAUGGUCCGGAUCCUGCUGCUGGCUGCCUGCGUCUCCUUUGUGUUGGCUCUGUUUGAGGAGGGAGAGGAGACGGCCACCGCCUUUGUUGAGCCAUUUGUUAUUCUUCUUAUCCUCCUCGCCAAUGCUGUUAUCGGGGUCUGGCAGGAGCGGAAUGCCGAGAAUGCCAUUGAGGCUCUGAAAGAAUAUGAACCCGAGAUGGGGAAGGUGUUCCGCAUAAACCGUAAGGCCGUCCAGAGGAUCAAAGCCAGAGACAUCGUCCCAGGAGACAUAGUGGAGGUGGCAGUUGGGGACAAGGUGCCUGCCGACAUCAGAGUGACUUCUAUAAAGUCCACCACCCUGCGGGUGGACCAGUCAAUCCUGACAGGGGAGUCUGUGUCCGUGAUCAAACACACAGACCCGGUUCCUGACCCCAGGGCUGUAAACCAAGACAAAAAGAACAUGCUGUUUUCUGGCACAAAUAUUGCAGCGGGCCGCGCCAUUGGUGUGGUUGUCGCUACCGGCGUCUCCACAGAGAUCGGUAAGAUCCGUAACCAGAUGGCGGCCACGGAGCAGGAGAAGACGCCGCUGCAGCAGAAGCUGGACGAGUUCGGGCAGCAGCUGUCCAAGGUCAUCUCCCUGAUCUGCGUGGCUGUGUGGGUCAUCAACAUCGGCCACUUUGGGGACCCCGUGCACGGCGGCUCCUGGGUCAGAGGGGCCAUCUAUUACUUCAAGAUCGCCGUGGCGCUGGCUGUGGCCGCCAUCCCAGAGGGCCUGCCCGCUGUCAUCACUACCUGCCUGGCCCUCGGCACCCGUCGCAUGGCCAAGAAGAACGCCAUCAUCCGCAGCCUGCCCUCGGUGGAGACGCUGGGCUGCACUUCGGUCAUCUGCUCCGACAAGACGGGCACCCUCACCACCAACCAGAUGUCCGUCUGCAGAAUGUUUGUUGCAGACACAGUGGAAGAUUCAACCUGCAGCCUCCACGAGUUCUCCAUAACGGGUUCAACAUAUGCCCCUGAGGGACAAAUACUGAAAGGAGACAAGCCCAUCCAGUGCGGAGACUUUGAUGGACUCUUGGAGUUGGCCACUGUGUGUGCGAUGUGCAAUGACUCUUCACUGGACUACAAUGAGGCCAAAGGGGUCUAUGAAAAGGUGGGUGAAGCCACGGAGACGGCUCUCACCACUUUGGUGGAGAAGAUGAACGUCUUCAAGACCGACCUGUCCGGGAUCAGCAAGGUGGAACGUGCCGGUGCCUGUAACACGGUGAUCAAGCAGUUGAUGAAGAAGGAGUUCACCCUGGAGUUCUCUCGUGACCGUAAAUCCAUGUCUGUCUACUGCACCCCCGUCAAGCCGGGCUCCCAGAGUAAAAUGUUCAUCAAGGGCGCUCCGGAGAGUGUGAUUGAGCGCUGUCAGUACCUGCGGGUGGGAACAGGGAAGGUGACACUGACGCCCGCCCUGCGCGACCAGCUGCUGUCCAAAAUCAGGGACUGGGGCACGGGCAGAGACACCCUGCGCUGCUUGGCGCUGGCCACUCACGACGUCCCGCCUCGCAAAGAGCAGAUGGACUUGGAGAAUUCCAACAAGUUUGUGGAGUAUGAGUUGGGUCUCACGUUUGUUGGCUGCGUGGGAAUGCUGGACCCGCCCAGGAAGGAGGUGAUCGGCUCGGUGAAACUCUGCAAAGAGGCUGGGAUACGUGUCAUCAUGAUCACGGGGGACAACAAGGGAACAGCCGUUGCCAUCUGCAGACGAAUUGGCAUCUUCGGCGAGGACGAGGACGUGACUGGGAAGGCCUACACGGGCCGCGAGUUCGACGACCUCCCGCUGGAGGCCCAAAGAGAAGCCGUCAAAAGGGCGCGAUGCUUCGCCCGCGUCGAACCGGCCCACAAGUCCAAGAUUGUCGGAUACUUGCAGGCGUUUGAUGAGAUUACGGCAAUGACGGGCGAUGGUGUAAAUGACGCUCCGGCCCUGAAGAAAGCGGAGAUCGGCAUCGCCAUGGGCUCCGGCACAGCAGUGGCCAAGUCGGCGUCCGAGAUGGUGCUGUCAGACGAUAACUUCUCCACCAUAGUGGCAGCUGUGGAGGAGGGCCGAGCCAUCUACAACAACAUGAAGCAGUUCAUCAGAUACCUCAUCUCCUCUAACGUGGGAGAAGUGGUCUGCAUCUUCCUGACGGCCAUCCUCGGUCUGCCCGAGGCUUUGAUUCCGGUCCAGCUGCUGUGGGUGAACCUGGUGACCGACGGCCUGCCCGCCACCGCCCUGGGCUUUAACCCCCCGGAUCUGGACAUCAUGGACAAACCCCCCCGCAACCCCAAGGAGCCUCUCAUCUCUGGCUGGCUCUUCUUCAGAUAUCUGGCCAUUGGAGGAUAUGUGGGUCUUGGAACUGUGGGUGCUGCCACCUGGUGGUAUCUGUAUGAUGAAGAAGGCCCACACGUCUCUUUCUAUCAGCUGAGACACUUCAUGCAGUGUACCGAGGACAACCCCAUGUUCCAGGGCGUUGACUGCGAGGUGUUUGAAUCCCGCUACCCCACAACCAUGGCCUUGUCUGUGCUGGUCACCAUUGAGAUGUUCAACUCUCUCAACAGUUUGUCUGAGAACCAGUCUCUGCUCAGGAUGCCUCCUUGGGUCAACAUUUGGCUGCUGGGAGCCAUCAUUCUCUCCCUCUCCCUCCACUUCUUAAUCCUCUACGUUGAGCCUCUGCCGUUGAUCUUCCAGGUGACCCCACUGUGCUGGUCCCAGUGGAUUGUGGUCCUGAAGAUUUCCAUCCCAGUCAUCCUCCUGGAUGAGGCACUGAAAUAUAUCUCCAGGAACCAUCUAGAAGGUGAUGAGGAGAAGAAAUACCGGAGGAGGUGGCAGCAGCAGCAGGACUAAGACCUCCCACCUCAACACAGUCACAUACUUAGACACACGCCUCCCCUCUUCCCUUUUAGGAGUUAGAAACAUUCCUCUCCCACUUCUCUCCCUCCUCAACCCCAUCUCCUGCAUGACCAAAAAAAACAACACCACUAGCAAUGAGCAGGGUUUUCCAGCGAGCAUGGCUUUGUACGAGUGUGUGAGUAAAUGAGCUGUGUGUGUCGACAGGUAGAUGCAGGCUUGUUGUUAUACUCGCAAGAAACAACUGCAGAAAAGAAGGAAAAAAAACAAAUUGCCCAGGGCUCUUGCUUUUAUUUUUAUUUUUUUUGGGCUGUAUAGUAAAAUGGAGAGGGAGGGCAGGGCGUUAGGAGAGAGGAGGGAAAUCACAAAUUAGCACAGCGACCAAAAGAUUGAUUUUUAGAGACCCGCUUUAGACAAGAGGCCGGCGUCCACACCUGCAGAGGAAGACCGUCGCAGGAAUGUGGACGUCAAAAACGGCCUCCCAACUGUUUGUCCACACAAAGGUUACGUGGAAGGUACCGCGCAGGCUUCUACCGGCCCGGGAGUUUCAGCCUAGCUCCACCUUUAUUGGCACAAAUUGUACCCAGGACCAGUUUGCCCCGGCGCUGCUCGUCUUCACUCUCCUCGCGCGGUUUAUUCUUUUCCAGCUAUCUCUGGAAGAGCCAUCUGUAGGUAAAAAACAAAUAAAUGAAUAGAGAACUAAUAAAUAAAUGAAGAUCUCAAUCAGGACCCAAACCAGCAUUUCAGUAGAGAAGACGUCAGCCAGUCCACCCGGCUGGUCCUGCUAAGCCUCACUGUGUCUGCUGUGUAAAGUCCGAGCUGUUGAACAUCUAAAGGAAAGGCGGGUCGGAGCAGGACGUUGGAAGCUUCAUAUUUUGUACAUACUUGUAUCGAAGCGUAGUGUUUUUGAGCGUCCCUUUCAGUUGAAUCAGUUAUUUCGUGCCGCGCACCAGCGCCGUCCUGUGUGUUAGGCUGUGUGUGCGUGCAUGAGUGUGUGUGUGUGUGUGUGCGCACGCACGCAUUAUAGCCUCAGUUGAAUCAAAUCGACAGUUGACCAAUGGCACAGAUGAUGUCAUCAAAGUUACGGCGAGUCAACUGCUCGACUGUGUGAGUCCAACUUCGUCGUCUACACGUUAAGCACGUUGAACAUCCAUGCCCGACGACGCCCACUGCACCUCCACAUGAAAUAUGUGGCCGACAUGAAUGUGUUCAUGCGAGCCCCAACAGCCACUGCUCUCACUCGUAUGUGCCCCCUCAGUGAGAUCCUUAGUUCGAAGUCUAAAAGACUCUGAAUGUGCCCGCGCUGUGAGGCACGGUUAAUCGAAAUGUCCCUUUUUUUGUUGUGUUUGGUGCGCCGCUUCCACAGCUGCUCCUGCUCUCUCAUCGCUUCAGCAACUCACUUUGGUAUUGUUUCAUAACGACUAAGUAGUAAUGUAUUUGACUGAAUGAAUGCUCGCGGUUUGGAUUGUCUCUUUAAGUCUUAAAUAUGGGUUCAUGUGUCGGGCCGUGGGGCUCUGCGGACCGGGUUCAGUGGUGUCUUUGGUCUCUGGUUGGCUCCAUGUGGGACAGAGGAAAGUGUACAAUCAAACCAGAAAAAAUGUAUCCAGUAAAAAAAACUGUAUACACAUUUGAUAUGUUCAGACGGACGGUAUGGGGGAAUAAGUGUUUCAAAAUUAAAGUAAGAAACAAGUUCUAGUAGAAGACUAAAAUACAAAUGUGUACUUGGAAUUAAACAUGAUAUUACUCCUUUAAGUUAACCAAGCCAACUGGUGGAAUGUUUCCUAUAGUGACGAUUUAACGGUGGAAUUUUCCUUCCUCUGCUGUAAUUAACAGCUUUAUUCGGACUCAAAUUGGCAUAAAACAGCCGUUGCAUUACGUUUUUGUUCCACAGCCAUGUGAAUGUGGCACGUCUGUCCAGACCAGCAGACCACUGGUCGUUGUCCCGGGUCUCCAUGGCUCCCUAACAUGUUGACACUCUGGGCACCAGGCACUAUAGGUCUGCAUAGCCUCGUUAUUUACUACUGAAUCCUCAACUCUGUACAGAAGAUGAGAAUAUGAUCGCAUGGCAACUUGUUACUGUAAUAAUAACCUAUACAGUAUAUAUUUAAGUUUUUGAUAACUUGCAUCAAUGACACCUACCUAGCAACACAGACCUGCGAGAAUUUUUUGUUUUUCUUUGAGCACAUGGCAUCUUAGGAUCCUUUUUUUUGUCAAUGUUUUAUAGAUUAGAGAGUGUUUUUUUUUUCCUUAAUCCCCCCCCCCCCCCCAUUUGUUUUUUACAGCUGCUGGGGUUUUGUGUCUUUAAUUGUAGGGAGGGGGGGGGAUAUAUGACGUUAUCGCGUUUAAGGUAGACAAGAGUCAUGCUUGUUUUAUUAUUGACGAUGACGGUGAUCAUUUCAGUGAUGGUUAUCCGGUGCGACGAGGUUCAAGAACUUGUGAAUAAACUGUGUCUGGUUUACACUGAGCGAUAAGCAGUAAUUGAUUUUGAAGUUUUCUGACUGUACAUUGAAGAGGCCGGUGUGUAUGCAUGCUCUGGAGACCCCGACAAUGUGUUUAUGUCUGAGAGGCCCUCUAGAAUGGCAUUCAAAGUCCUCUUCCAUCUGUUGAAGAAUAACCACCUGUGCUCACAGUGAAGGAGUGAUCAGUCUCAUAUGAAUAACAUCUUUUUCCGUCUAUGGACAAGUAAACUAAUUUCACCUCUGAGAAAUAUAAAAUUAUUCUGUUUUUCCUUGUUAAUAUUGAUUGUGGACACAUAAUUUUAUAAAUGACAAAGACGUGGAAAUAAAGAUUUAUCUUGUUAUUUA